UGGCAUCACACCACAUUCUAAGUGCUACACAUCGACAACCACAGGUCGAAGUUUGCAGAUCAGUCGUUGACAAUCUAAGAAGAAAUCACCAAAACAGAAAUGGCUUCUUUCAAGUAUCUGAUAUUCGUCGCCUUGGUCGCCCUCAGUGUGUACUCCGCUGUCGCCGAAGAAGCACCAAAACCCGAAGAACAAGUCGGCGCUGAAUCCUCCAGAGUAAAGAAACACGCAUACAUCGCUGCCCCUGUGGCCUACUCCGCUCCGGUCUACCCAUACGCUUACUCGGCUUACCCAUACUCGUACUCGUACCCGGCCGCCGCAUACCCUGCAACUGCUUACGCCGCUUACCCGAGCUACGCUCACGAUGACGGCAAGUACUGGCCAGGAAAAUACGAAGCAAAGACCUACUACCCAACCUACCCAGCCUACAAGUCUAUCUACCCGGUUUACCACUACUGAACACGCUCUCCCGUCAACGCCUUUCAAAUCUUCCGGAAACAAACGUAGUUUUUAAGAUAAUUUUAUAAAACUUUUUUUAACAAUAAAAAUGUGAUCUUUUUUUUCAACAAAU